AAUCUCGCGAGAUUGCGCGAGGGGAUAAGUUAAGGAAACACGGCGAUGUCUAAUUUGUUAAAGAACAAGGGGUCCCUCCAGUUUGAGGACAAGUGGGAUCUUAUGCGCCCCAUUGUCCUUAAGUUGCUUCGCCAAGAAUCCGUAACUAAGCAGCAGUGGUUUGAUCUUUUCUCAGAUGUUCAUGCAGUUUGUUUAUGGGACGACAAAGGACCAGCAAAGAUCCACCAGGCCCUCAAAGAGGACAUUUUAGAUUUUAUUAAGCAAGCCCAAGCGAGAGUGCUCAGUCAUCAAGAUGACACGGCGCUCCUCAAGGCUUACAUCGUGGAGUGGAGGAAGUUCUUCACGCAGUGCGACAUUCUGCCCAAGCCGUUCUGCCAGCUGGAGAUCACCCUGAUGGGUAAACAGGGCAGCAAUAAGAAGUCCAACGUGGAGGACAGCAUUGUUAGAAAGCUGAUGUUGGACACUUGGAAUGAAUCCAUCUUCUCCAACAUCAAGAAUAGACUGCAAGAUAGCGCAAUGAAGUUGGUCCACGCUGAACGCCUGGGAGAAGCGUUCGACUCUCAGUUGGUCAUCGGGGUCAGAGAGUCAUAUGUGAACCUGUGCUCCAAUCCUGACGAUAAGCUGCAGAUUUACAGGGAUAACUUUGAGAAAGCCUAUCUAGACUCCACUGAGAGGUUCUACAGGACCCAGGCACCAUCGUAUCUGCAACAGAAUGGAGUUCAAAACUAUAUGAAAUAUGCAGACGCUAAGUUAAGGGAAGAGGAGAAACGUGCACUACGGUAUUUAGAAACGCGACGUGAAUGUAACUCUGUACAAGCACUUAUGGAAUGUUGUGUGAAUGCACUGGUGACGUCAUUUAAAGAAACCAUCUUGGCAGAAUGUCCAGGCAUGAUCAAACGCAAUGAGACAGACAAGCUGCACCUCAUGUUCUCACUCAUGGAUAAAGUGCCCAGUGGGAUUGAACCCAUGCUGAAAGAUCUAGAGGACCACAUCAUCAGCGCAGGACUGGCAGACAUGGUGGCUGCUGCCGAGACCAUCACAACUGACUCUGAGAAGUAUGUGGAGCAGCUGCUGACGCUGUUCAAUCGCUUUAGUAAAUUAGUGAAGGAAGCGUUCCAGGACGAUCCGCGAUUCCUGACGGCAAGAGAUAAAGCAUACAAAGCAGUUGUGAAUGAUGCCACAAUAUUUAAGCUGGAGCUGCCAAUGAAGCAGAAGGGUAUGUCUGGAUGCAGGGUGGGCCUGAAAACACAACCAGAGUCAAAGUGUCCAGAGCUUCUAGCCAACUAUUGUGACAUGCUACUAAGAAAGACGCCACUUAGCAAAAAACUGACCUCAGAAGAGAUUGAGCUCAAGCUGAAAGAAGUGCUACUAGUGCUAAAAUAUGUCCAGAAUAAGGACGUAUUCAUGAGGUAUCACAAAGCCCACCUGACUAGACGUCUGAUCCUGGACAUCUCAGCAGACAGUGAGAUCGAAGAGAACAUGGUUGAGUGGCUCAGGGAAGUUGGUAUGCCUGCCGACUAUGUGAACAAGCUGGCCAGAAUGUUCCAGGACAUUAAAGUGUCAGAAGAUCUAAACCAGGUUUUCAAGGAGAUGCACAAACACAACAAGCUGGCUUUACCAGCGGACUCGGUGAACAUAAAGAUCUUGAACGCUGGAGCGUGGUCACGCAGCUCAGAGAAGGUCUUUGUGUCUCUACCCACUGAGUUGGAAGACCUCAUCCCAGAGGUGGAAGACUUCUACAAGAAGAACCACAGCGGCCGAAAACUUCACUGGCACCAUCUCAUGUCCAAUGGAAUUAUCACGUUUAAGAAUGAAGUAGGACAGUACGACCUGGAGGUCACAACCUUUCAGUUGGCUGUACUUUUUGCCUGGAACCAAAGACCUCGAGAGAAGAUCAGCUUUGAGAAUCUGAAACUCGCCACAGAGCUGCCUGAUGCUGAACUGAGACGAACUCUCUGGUCUCUUGUUGCCUUCCCAAAGCUCAAACGCCAAGUGCUGUCAUAUGAACCUCUAGUGAGCUCUCCCAAAGACUUCACAGACAGUACAUUGUUUUUCGUUAACCAGGAAUUCUCUUUGAUAAAAAACUCCAAGGUUCAGAAGAGGGGGAAGAUCAACCUGAUCGGUCGGUUGCAGCUGACGACCGAGCGAAUGAGAGAAGAAGAGAACGAAGGCAUCGUCCAGCUUAGAAUAUUAAGAACGCAGGAGGCCAUCAUUCAAAUCAUGAAAAUGCGUAAGAAGAUCACAAAUGCUCAGCUGCAGACCGAGCUGGUGGAGAUCCUGAAGAACAUGUUCCUUCCUCAGAAGAAGAUGAUCAAGGAACAGAUCGAGUGGCUCAUCGAGCACAAGUACAUCAAGAGAGACGAGACGGACAUUAACACCUUCAUCUACAUGGCGUAGCGUGGAAACCACUCCGGAGACGAUCCGCAAACGUUCUGGGGACGACGUACCUUUCGACGACCAGCAGCUGGGGAGGGAUUGUAAUGACUUGAAGAUACUGCUGGGGCUGCUGGUCUUCCAGCGUAGUGAUGAGCUUGGCAGUCAACACAUCGGAAAAAGUUCAUAAAAAAAAAAAAUCCCUGCCUUACCUUACAGCGAAGACCCGCAAGACAAGGACAGGAGAUUUACAAAAAAAGGAAAAAAGACAAAGGAUUAUAUUUUUGCCAUUGGUAGUCAGUAUGCAUGGUGGGCGGUUUGCCUUUAUUUGUGCACAUCUCCAGCAGCAUGCGGUCAGUGGGAAUGUCACAUUCAUCCGAGGACUUGUUUAUGUGUGUUUUUCCCCUCCCGAAUCUAUUGCGCGGCCCUCGCCACGGCCACCUGUCCUAAGCGCACAGCCAGGCCGAGAGCCGUCACACCCGCAACUGUUAAACACCCGGCCGCACAUGCCGACACCCGCACUGGGGAGCAUGGCACGGGACGUUGGACAAGCAUUAGCACUUUUCACCAUCUCUGCCAUCAUUUGUCAGCAUGGAUUUGUUUGUGUUUUCUUUGGGUUGUGUUUCUUGAGUUUUGGGUUUUUAUUUCGUCAAAGUGAUGAGUUCUGAACACUCGUAGUCGAGUAUUUGAAUGCCAGGCUACCAAGUAUACAUUUCUAUACCUGUCAUUAGGCUACAGAAAGAGGCAGAUGGAAAUGGGCAGAUGUUCCGUUAUCGCUCUCAGGUGAAAGCUGAGAUGCUGACUGAUUUAUUCCAGGGACAUGGUGUGAUAGGGUGGUUAAGGUCCACUGAUGUAUCGCCUGUAGAGCCCCAGAGCAGAGAAUGCCCAGCCUUAAAAAAUUUCACCUCUGGCCCCUGAGUUUUUUAGAUGACUUUUGAUUCCGUUCACCCCAUCACUGUUGCACGAACUCAACGUUUAUAAGUUACUGAUGUCUGACAAGAAGGAAGCAUUGCUCCAGAGAAAGUUGUUCUGUCAUUCAUUAGAUUCUACACUGCCAAAGCGCAGGAGUGCUGAGCUAAAAAGUGAUAUCAUGUUUUUUCUUUAACCCGGUUUCAGUGAACAAUUGUGAUCGAAAAGUCUUUUCCACUAUUUUAAAAUCGAUUAAUUUAUGUUUCAAAAGCCACUUGGAGAAGCUGUGUGAUAGCGUAAACAGCAAACUAGAGUCUCAUAUGUAAUUAAAGGACUGGAUUCAUGAAUCGAUUAUUAUAAAUGCUGUAUGCCAGAUAUGUUUCAGGAUUAACAUUUAUCUAAGUACAGAAAAUUACUAGUGCUUUUCAGGAAUAGUUCAGAUAUUGGCAGCCUCUGGUCAGUGGGUUUGAUGUAAAAUAAGAAUUAUGGCAUUAUCAAAAAUAGGUGGACAUUUCAUAACUUGAAAUUCUUUGUUACGUACAGUCACUGUCUUUUAAUAUGUAAUUAACAAAAAAGUGCAUAUUCAAACUAAAUAGGGACAAAUAAUAGGUUUCGGAGGACAACUUCAUAACCUCUCAAUAAAAAAUGUGCCGCUUAUAUUGAAAUAAAGUGUCUACAGAAUAGCUGUCCAUCUCCGCUAAGACAUUUUCUUACAGGCGUUUGUUUGUUUGUCCAAAAGCUGUUUUCAAUGCAGCUGGUAGUUAAAGGGGGUAGUUCAUCAUUUAUUCACCCUAAUGUCGUUCAACACCUGUUACUCUCAUUCUUCUGUGGAACACAAAAGAAAAUAUUUUGAGAAAUGUCUCAGUGGUUUUGUCUCCAUUCAAUGGGAAACAAUGUUGUUUGGUUACCAACGUUCUUCAAAAUAUCUUCUUUUGUGUUCUGCGGAAGAAAGUAAUAUGACACAUGAGGGUGAGUAAAUGACGAAAGAAUUGUCAUUUUUUGUGAACCAUCCUUUAAACUCAUUUGUAUCCCUUGCUAUUGAUUUCUUGUGGGUCUAUCGAAAUGAUUGUAGUGAGAAGGCAUUCUUUAAAAGAUCCAGAUGUACAACAGUAUUUGAGAACAUUAUGUUUUUUGAUUGUCCACUUUAUUUAUAACUUAAGCAUGUUUGUGAGAGUGAAGACAGAGAGAGAGUGUGUGCGUGUGCACGCUUUGGAGCUUUUUACAAAGGAUGCUGCCAUAUUAUGUUACGUUUAUGCAUUUAAAAUCAAUGGCUGUGUUUUCUAGUUUUCUUGUAUCAAUUGUAUUAAUCACAUCAUUUUAUUAGGACAAGCACUAUAAUUUCCAAAAGUAUCAAUCACAAUGGACUUUUUGUGUGUGGUAUAAUGGAGCCAAAUUUUGUUAUUGUUGUUUUUUCCCAGUGACUGUAGUCUCAAAAACUGAAGUUCAGUACAUUGAUGUGAGGUUGAAACUGAAUAAAUUUUAUGUCCGAAUUUGUGUGAGUGACCUAAAUGGGAAACUAUGAGUUAUGCUCUUUUUGUUCACAAAUUUCAAAUAUGUAUUCUUUGAUGUGCGUAGAAUGUUUCAGCAACUGGAGUCCGUGUGCGGUGUUUAGUGAUACGAUGCAAUAAGUGAUCAGGAUAUCAAAGGCAGUUUUUAAAUCUGUUGAUGCUGUUUUCUCCAAUAAACGUUCAAUCCUGAAUGCACACAUAUAUUAAAACACAUUAUUAAAUUGUUUAUAUUGUGUCACACUAAAUUGGGUUUAUUGUGUGUUGGGGUUGAUCAUUGGGCCAUGACACUUUUUUCAAAUAUUUUUCAAGCAGUGGAAUGCAAGUUGAAAUAACUGAGUCACAUUCUAAUACUUCUAAAAUAAUUCAAACACUGUAUCACUCCUAAGACUGUCGUGAUGUGUCUUGUGAUUUCCUUACACUGACUGUCCUUUGUGUCACUCAACAUUAUUGUAGAUCAAACAGGUGUGUUUUUAUCUGUCUCCUUUAUCUUCCAUCUUUCCAUCAACACAAUUGUUUCUAAACAUUUCUUUAUCAGUUAAAUCAGAAUUGUUACUUUAGCCAGGUAUAUUGCACUUACAUUUGUAACCAGUUUUUGCUUUUAAAGAGUGAACGAACAAUUAUCAGUAUUCAUUUGUAUGAGAUGUGAGUGAAGUUUUUCAGUCUUUUCCUGGAUCUCGCCACAUUGAUCCUUUGAGAUUUAAUAAGAAACUGAAAACACACUAAAUAGAAUGGACUAUAAUGUGACGCACUGCUUUUGUGACAAGCAAAACUAUCUGUAAUCCUGAGAAGUUUCUGUUAAAAAUUUCCGCUUUCAAGAUUUCUUGCCUGGAGCCGACAGCUUCAAGAAUAUUUGAAAUGUAUCUCUAAAAUGUCUGAGGUGUGCCACUGUCCAGUGAAGAUUGAGAUCUAGAAAAAAAACGGUUGAACAGAUGCUGUCUGGGUGAACCAUGUGUACUGCUAUCUUAUUAGGUUCCAUUAGGGUUAUUUUUGUCUGUUUUUCAGUUGCAUUAUUUAUUAACUGGCAAAAUAAAAAUGACUUUAAAAUG